AACAAUACGGCCAAGGCAAUCUCAAGUUCGAUUAAACAAAAACGUUUAGAAAAAGCCGAUAAAUUCCAAGUUCCAUUGCCUAAAGUUAAAGGUAUUUCUGAAGAGGAAAUGUUCAAAGUGAUCAAAACCGGGAAGUCGAAAUCAAAGUCAUGGAAGAGAAUGAUCACCAAACAUACUUUUGUUGGUGAAGGGUUCACUCGUAGACCAGUGAAAAUGGAGAGAAUCAUCCGUCCUGCUGCAUUAAGACAGAAGAAAGCCAAUGUUACUCAUCCUGAACUUGGGGUAACGGUAUUUCUACCUAUAUUGGGGGUGAAAAAGAACCCGCAAUCUCCAAUGUAUACACAGUUGGGUGUUUUAACAAAAGGUACGAUUAUAGAGGUCAACGUGUCGGAAUUGGGGUUGGUAACUGCAGGGGGUAAAGUUGUUUGGGGUAAAUACGCUCAAAUCACCAAUGAACCAGAUAGAGACGGGUGCGUAAAUGCUGUGUUAUUAGUAUAA